AUGAACAAAAAGGGCUUGCGCGACUGUGGCAAGGAGCUUUGGCAUCCGCAGAAGCCCUGGGGUCGCUUCGGCUGGUCCAUUGCCACCAAUGGCAGGCACCUGGCGGUUGGUGCACCCUUCGCCCAACGGGAAAGGGGCACCGUCUUCCUCUACGAUGCCACUCGAGAGCGUGCUGAGCCGGUCGCCCGAUUCACUGGCACAGCUCGAGCACGAAUGGGAUGGCGGCUUCCAGGUUUGAAUGCGAAGCUCCUUGCGAGGAAUUUGGCCUACAACGGGGGGGUGGCAGAUACUGCAGGUGUAGCAGUCCAGGGCUGGAUCAAAUCCCCGGGGCAUCGGAAGAACUUGCUGGGCGCCUUUGACCUGUGUGGCAUCGGAGUCGCAAGGGCGAGCACUGGGGAGUUCUUCUUCACACAACUCUUUGCGCGGAGCGCUGGUGGCCCUCUUUGUUGA